AACAAUGUGUGGUUGAUAACUAGAGACAUCUUAUUUAGAUUUUGAAUAACUCAAGUUUUCAGACAUUUUGCUUUAAAAAUCUCUUUCAAAUUGUAGGAACUAUUUAAGUGUAUAUAUUAGGAAGAUUGAAUGCGUUCUGAAAAAAUACGUUCCUGAGGUUUCCUUUCAACAAUACUUUUGAAGCACAGAUAAACUUACUUCCUGUCUCUCGGUUUCCUGUAUCCAUGGCAACCCCUGUUUUACACAUUGACUGUAGAGGAACCAGUGUGAAGAGUGGCGUUUCCUGAGCAAGCUGUGACUUUAAAAAUCCAAAAAAGGUGGAGUGCCGGAGGUCAGCAGUGGCCAGAAAGAAACUGAGUUAAGGAUGGCGCUUUUCAGAGAUAAAACAAAAGCCUUUGCCUAAGUGAGCCAAGUGGUGAUAGGAUUCCCUUGUUCUUGAAUUACAUCCAAGGUCCCUAAGCCAUUGUCCUCAUUGACUCAACUUCAGGCAAAUCCCAAUUUUGUGAGUUCAAACUUUUGGGUCUUCACAACUGGCUAGCCUCUUCAGCCAUUGCUGUAAACAUCUGUUAUCAGAAUCCCCUAUCUAUGUGUGGCAGAGCAGUGUGCUAUAUUAAGUGGACCAGCAUUACAAACUGCCUUUACCUCCGACUAAUAUAUCCAGAGCUUGAGCUGUAAACUCUUCAUAUUCACCACAAGACCACUGCACUAAUGAUGGCCUGGCAUAAAGUAACCACAAGUGGGAACCAUUUGGAAAACACUGUGACUGAGAGCAUUACCGUCUGGGAGUGGAUUCGUGCUUCACCUGCCAGUAGAUUUUUUCAAGAGAACACACCUGGUAAUACAUUAGAGACGACCGCAGUUUUACCUGUGCAAAUACAGCUUACUACUGUUAACUUGAACUCUGAAAAAAACAGUGCUCUACCGAUUGAUGCCUCUUCCAUGUCAAGGAAAACAUCUCUAAAUUGUACCCAAGAAAAUGAGAAGUUAAAUGAGGCCUUUGACAUUUUACUAGCUUUUUUCAUCUUAGCUUGUGUUUUAAUCAUUUUUUUGAUCUACAAAGUUAUUCAGUUUAAACAAAAACUAAAGGCACUAGAAAACACAAUGGAAAAUAGAGUUGAGUAUUACAGCUUUUAUCAGUCAGCAAGGUAUAACAUGACUGCCUCGGUUUGUAACACCUCCCCAAAUUCUCUGGAAAGUCCUGGCUUGCAACAGAUUGGACUUGAUAAACAAAUGGUUCCUGACAAUGAGGCACAGGUCAUUCUCUUUGAACAUUCUGCUUUAUGAUUUAACUAAAUAUUGACUAUAAAAACCCUGUAGUGCCGUGUGGACAUAAAAUUUAAUCCUUCUUAGAGAGUUAUGUUAAGAUUAUUAAAAUGUUUAUUAGUCAUUUGAAUAAACUAUAUUCU